AUGGAUGAAGACCAAAAAAGUAGUGGUGACCUUAAUAGGACACAGAUUUAUGAGAACAGCCAAAUAAUACCGAAAAGUAGUAAUAUAUUCGAAGGAGAAAGGGAGGAAAAGAGCUUAAUUAGCAAUAUCUUUUCAACGAGGAGGCCAAAACAUGCGGGUGCUGGCCUAGUUUCAGGAUUAAAAUCAUUAACAAAAGGAAUAAUAGUGGGUACUAGCUUUUUAUUUAUUUCUCCCUAUUUAUGUGCAAAGGCUGAAGGGAUUAAUGGCUUUUUCAAAGGUAUGUUUUUUGGUCUCCUGAGUGCAAUAAUAAUACCCAUAAUUUCUUUAGGUGUAGCUAGUUAUCAGAUAGGUAGAGGAAUUUUAAAUACUCCGGAAUCUAUAGCGCAGAGAGCGUUAGGAAAAAUAUGGGAUGAAGAGAAGAGAGAAUGGUAUGACUUUUACUAUAAUUUGGACGAUGAAGCAGUUAGGUUAUUAAACGAAAUUGACGAUAAUAAUAAUAAUAAUAGCAAUAAUGGUAAUAACAGUAACAACCACGGUACUAAUAAUAAUAGUAGCAACAAUGAUAGUAAUAAUGGUAAUAGUACAAAAUAUAUUAAAAAAAAUGAUAUUGAUGAUGAUGAGUAUUAUAACAAGAAUGGAAAUAUAAAAGUGAAAAAUGAUGAAUUUUAUAAAAUAUUAAAUGUACCAACAAAUGCAACACAAAAUGAAAUUAAAAGACAGUAUUAUAAACUUGCCAAAGAAUUCCACCCAGAUAAGUGCUCAGAUUUAAAGGCUAAAGAACAAUUUCAAAAAAUUGGAGAAGCAUAUCAAGUAUUAGGAGAUAUUGAAAGAAGAAGGAGGUAUGAUAAAGAAGGAAAAACUGUUUUAAAUAAUAUGCAAUUUAUUGAUUCUACUUUUUUUUUUACCUUAUUAUUUGGUAGUGAAAAAUUAGAUCCAUAUAUUGGAAAACUUCGAAUGGUUAUGUAUGUGGAAUAUGAGCAAUUAUACAGAGACGAAGAUGUACAACGUAUAAUUGUAAAGGAACAGAAUAAAAGAGAAGUACAGUUAGCUUUAAAUUUAAGAGAAAUAAUAAAUAAUUAUAUCCAUGGAGAUAAAGAUGAAUAUAUUAUAAAAUUUAAAAAAGAAAUUAAUGAAUUAUGCCAAACAUCCUUUGGACAUGUCAUUUUAGAAAAUGUGGCUUGGUCCUAUGAAAAUUGUGCCUAUCAAUUUUUAGGAGAUAAGUAUAGCUUAUUUGGUAUAAGUGGAAAAUAUUAUAAAAUGCAACAAAAAAAGAGAGUAAUAGGUACUGGUUUUAAAUUUGUUAAAACAUUAAUUAAAACUAGCUCAUUAGCUAGUCAAAUUAAGAAAAGGGAAGAAGAGGAAAAUAUUUCUUUAGAAAAAUCAGCAAAAGUUAACAAAAAAAUUGAAGAUUCUUUACCAACUAUUGUUGAAACCAUGCUAAAUAUAUGUCUUAUUGAUAUUGAUCAAACUAUAAAGGGAGUAUGUAAAAAAGUGUUCACAGAUAUGUCUGUAGAUGAAAAUAUGAGAAAAAAUAGAGCAGAGUCUCUUAUCGUUUUAGCCAAAAUUAUGAAAAAAAUCAUUCAAGACUAUAAAAAAAACAACGAAAUCACGGAUACUAAGAAGUUGUUCGAGGAUGCUUGUAUGAGGGCAUACCAGAAACAGGACGAUGAGUACAUUUAA